AUGCCGUCAAAGGCAAAGGCCAGUGGGGAUGCAGCGGCGGCAGAGGCACAGCUGCCACCAGUGGUCAGGCUGCCUGGCACUACCGCAGCUGCUGGCCGAGCUGCUGAACCCGCGAUCAGCAGCGAGAUCAGCGCUGAAUCUGCGUCCAGGUGGGAUCAAAUUGAUGCGGGCGGCCUCGGUGACGCCCAAUACAUCUCUCCUCCUGCCUUACGCAUCUACACUCUCAAGCUGGUGGACAUCUCACAUCCAUCUCAUGCACUCAUGCUCCAGCUCCCACAACGGGUUACACAACCACGCGCAGCGCUCGCUCACCCACAGCAGUUCGGAGCUCUGCGGUCCAUCGGAUUCUGGACAGCGCAAAAAAACCGAAAGGAAGCGGGGUAG